AAAACAACAACUACGUAUAAAACUAAAAUGUGAUUACAUCGCAAUGAUGUAUAGAGGUGACACGGAAUAAACAUUCAACGUCAAACAGGAUCUGUUCAGUUUCAAUUCGGACAGAAAACAGCAUGGACCAUAAGUUUGCUUUUUUGGUUAUAUUGUACAUAUUACCGGCGUCGUGUGGUGGUAAUGAGUACAUAAACCGACCUCCUGUCAAGAUAUGCACUAGUUCCCUCGAGUGCCCCGCCGGCUUCUGCUGUCGAGACGAAAGUGGGGACCUUGUUAAAGGAGAGGGUUGUCAGCAGAAUUCAUUUGGAGAAUGCAUACCCGAUGGAACUUCAGUCACAGGAACGUGCAAGCGAGGACCAAGCAAGCCCGACGCUAGAUGCACUGACCGAUGUGGAUGUGGAAAAGGUCACACGUGCUAUCGGACGGUGACAGGCUUCUGCUGCCCAUCGACAACGUGCUGGGAGGCCAAGGCUGCAGCCAAGGACAAGAAAUACUGGGACAACUGCAGACCUCCCAAAUGCCUUCCCCCACCUUCAGCCAACCCAGGAAAGUAGGAUGGGCCUGGAGAUUGAGAUGUAUAUCUACCUUUUUGGGGACUAUCAGACAUUAACAAACAAUAUAUGGAUUGCCAUUAUGGACAAUUUGUGUUUGCGUUGUACUUCAUGUUCCUGUUGUCAAAAUGACUAUUUGUUGUUUUACAGCGAAUGAAUAAAACAAACAUAAAAAAGGAAAUAAACGGAGCUAUUGAUAUAAAACAUCUGACGAAUACUUUUAUCUCAGUUGAUAAUUUAUAUGUCAUAAGCGGUCAGCAAAUCUGAACGUUUGAACCACUUUGAACAUCGUUAUUACACACUCUGUUAUUUCAAAAUUAGCUUUAUUUAUUAUUAUUUUCUUGUUAAAGAAAUAAUUUGUAUGUAAUUUUAGUAAACUAAUGUCGUUUAUUUCGAAGAGUCAGUUUCGAAU